GUCAUCAUGAGGUGCCGAGGAGGCAAUCGGGAAGUGCAGGUUUGAGGCUUUCCCUGGAGUCCCCUGGGCCAUGAUGGCAGUCAAGUGGACUGGUGGACAUUCUUCUCCCAUCCUCUGCCUGAAUGCAAGUAAAGAUGGACUAGUGGCUUCUGGAGCAGUGGGUGGAGAUCUUACAGUGUGGGGUGAGGAUGGGACUGCAGUAGGACACAUGAGGUUCCCAGACGCUGAUGAUGUGACCAGUGUUGUAUUUUCCCACUCCUACCCCACCAAGCUCUACACUGCACAUGGAGAAACCGUUAGCAUCCUGGAUGUCAGGGCCCUCAAAGGUUCCCUGGACCAUUUUCAUGUGAAUGAAGAAGAAAUCAAUUGUCUUUCACUGAAUGAAACUGAAAACUUCCUGGCUUCUGCUGAUGACUCUGGGGCAAUCAAAAUUCUAGACUUGGAAAAUAAGAAAGUUAGCAGAUCCCUGAAGAGACAUUCCAAUAUCUGUUCCUCUGUCGCUUUCCGACCUCAGAGGCCUCAGAGCCUGGUGUCAUGUGGCCUGGAUAUGCAGGUGAUUCUGUGGAACCUGCAGAAGGCCCGGCCUCUCUGGAUUGCUCAUCUCCAGGAGGAUGAGGCAGAAGACAUGGAAGGCCCUCAGUCCCCCAGCCAGCUCUUAAAUCCCGCCCUCGCCCACUCUGUCUCUGUGGCAUCAUGUGGCAACAUUUUUAGUUGUGGCGCAGAAGACGGUAAGGUGCGAAUCUUCAGGGUGACAGGAGUCAAGUGUGAACAAGCACUGGGAUUUAAGGGCCACACUCUGGGCGUGGCCCAGGUCUGCUUUCUGCCAGAAUCGUAUUUGCUGCUCACUGGAGGGAAUGAUGCAAAGGUAAUGCUGUGGGAUGUGAGCGGGGCAGUUGAAAAAAACCAGAAGAGUCCUGUGAAACAGAGCCAGAGGAAGAAAACUAAGAGGGCAGCUAAUGCCAAGCAGGCUGGGAACAUUGACACCACAGCAGUGGAUGGGGAGGAGCAUAGCAAGGUGUCACCAAAGAUGAGCAUCGAGCACGGAGACAAGGUGAACUGGCUCAUGGGUACAAAAAUAAAGGGGCAGCAAAAUAUAUUAGUAGCUGACCAAACUAGUUGUAUAACUGUAUAUCCCUUAAAUGAAUUUUAAACCAAAUAAAAACAUUUGAAGAAC